AUGACACACAUGAUGGGCCCCACGGAAUGCGCCAGCGCCAUGGUGGCCACAAUGCCAUUUCUGGACAAUGGCCUCAACGGCAAUCUGGCGGAUUAUGGCUGCUAUGCAAAUGACUAUUGGACAUCUCCAUACACAACCGGCGGACUGAGUCCCAUGAAACAGAUUGAAGCUUGCAUACAAACGGCGGGCAAGGAUCGCACCUCGUACAAGCCACUUGAACAGAUCGAUGCCAAGCUGGCGGACAUCGAUGCGCAGAGCACAGGUAGCAACAGCACCAGCAGCAGCAGCCAAUCGAGCAGCGCCGGAAACUGUCAGGAGCAGACGUCCGCCGUUUCAGAUUACCCGGGCGGCGGCGGCAACAACAACAGCAGCGGCAGCAGCCACAACAGCAGCAGCAGCAACAUUAAUGAGUCGACAACCGGAACAGCAGCAACAACGCCAACAACAACAGCAGCAACGGCCAAAAAGUAUAAGAACAGCCACAAAAAAGACAACAACAAUAUCACAACAAACAACAACACGUCAAACAGCAGCAGCAAGAACAACAGCAACAACAAGGGUGAACCGGAGCCAGUGCAUCCAUCGCUGGCGCAGGCCAUUGUUGUAUUGGAAACUAAAGCGCUGUGGGAUCAGUUUCAUGCGCAGGGCACUGAGAUGAUCAUUACGAAGACGGGUCGUCGCAUGUUUCCCACGUUUCAAGUGAGGAUCGGCGGCCUCGAUCCGCAUGCCACCUAUAUAUGCAUGAUGGACUUUGUGCCAAUGGAUGAUAAGCGUUAUCGCUAUGCGUUUCACAACUCGUGCUGGGUGGUGGCGGGCAAGGCGGACGCGAUAUCGCCACCGCGGAUACAUGUGCAUCCGGAUUCGCCAGCGGCGGGCGCCAAUUGGAUGAAGCAAAUUGUGUCCUUCGACAAGCUGAAGCUGACCAACAAUCAGCUGGAUGAGAAUGGGCAUAUCAUAUUGAACUCCAUGCACCGCUACCAGCCGCGCUUCCACUUGGUCUACUUGCCGCCAAAGAAUGCCUCGCUGGAUGAGAACGAGCAUUCGAGUCACUUUCGCACGUUCAUAUUCCCGGAGACCAGUUUUACGGCCGUAACAGCAUACCAGAACCAGCGGGUGACACAACUGAAAAUAUCGAGCAAUCCGUUUGCCAAAGGAUUUCGAGAUGAUGGCACCAACGAUGUCACCAGCGGCAGCCUGGGUAUGUCCAGCAUGAGCCAUGAGAGUCAAGCACGCAUGAAGCAGCAGCAGCAGCAACAGCAGCAGCAGCAACAACAACAUCAACUACAACAGCAGCAGCAGCAGCAGCAUUUAAAGGCAAAGGACAGAACGCCAGCUAACAGCUUCAGCUUGUCCUGCACUGAGCUCUAACAGCAGCAGCAGCUGCAGCUGCAGCAGCAGCAACAUCUCCUGGCCAUGCAGUUGCCAGCCACGCCGUCGAGCAGCUCAACGUCGGGCAAUUCGCCGGAUUUGUUGGGCUUUCAGUUGGAAGCGACGCCGCUGCAACAGCAACAGCAGCAGCUGCAGCACCAACAGCAACUGCAGCAGCAACAGCCAGUGGUACAGCAAUUGCAUCAGCAACAGCAUCAACAGCACCAGCAGCAGCAACAGCAGCAGCAGCAGCAGAACCUUCACCAAAUGUCCAGCAGCUAUGGAGGCAGCUAUCAUCAUCCGUACCAGCACCAUCAGCAUCAGCACACGGCAACGCCAUUGACACCGCUCUCGGCCAGCUCCGCGUCACCGCCAGCGCCAGGUGCUGCGGCUGCAGCCGCGGCAGCCACACAGGUAAUGGCGGCGGCCAAUAUCUACUCGAGCAUUGGCCAACCAUAUGCGGGCGAGCAGAGCAACUUUGGGGCCAUCUAUCAUCACAAUGCGGCGGCGCACUAUCACAGUCACGGAUAUGGCAGUCCGUAUGACAAGCUGAAGGUCUCCACGGGUCACAUGCGGCAGGCGGCAGCCGCCGCGUACGGCAUGAGCAGCUAUCAGAGCUUCUACGGCUCCGCGGCGGCAGCGCAUCAAAUGAUGCGGCCCAAUAGCUAUAUCGAUUUGGGACCACGCUGAUAAGCGGCGGGUCGCUAUGCAAAGUAUUAUUAUAGUCAGCCUGGGGCCUGAACUCAAGUAUUACAAGUAUUUUCAACUAACCCAAACUCAACUCAACUUAAUUAAUUAAUAAUAUUAUUAUUCGUCUCAUUUUUUUUUUGCUAGUCUUAAGCGACAGUUUUGUGUCUAGUUCAAAAGUAU